AUGGUGACUGAGAAGAAAAUCGAUUACGAGAUCCGUAACGGAAGACUGAUAUUUUCGAAAUAUAGUUAUUCGACCGAAUUCCUUUAUCAGUUAGCUGCUGAUUGCCAAACUCAACGAGAGAACUUGGAUUUACCUCCGACCAAUGGCACGUUGACGAUGGCCAACCAUGGCUCGACAUUCUUGCAAAACGCCGGGAACGUCAGUGGGGCCAAUUCGGUGAACGGAUCAAGUGCUGAUUUGCCCAAUCAUCAAAACAACGCCACUCAAAUCAUCGCGGCUAACACUAAUUCUAACUCAUCAGCGAUCUUGUUGCCCGACGGCUCUUCGAUUUGCUCGUUUCCAAUCCCAAUUUGCGAUCUUAGAUUACCAGAAAUCAAAACCCGGAUCUCAGCAGGCGACUCUCCCGCGAAGGCUUGUAAACAAUUCCUCAAAUUACCCGAUGUUUCCUUUUGA